UAGUUACUCAGUUUUGUUGAUCACGAGAGCGAGAUCCCGCGAGAGUUCCCUGACCUUGGUCGCACUCUCUUUGCAAAAAUGGCCUCGUCCUUGUGUAGGACUCUCUUGAGGAGUGUAAGAAGUCCGCUAAGAAAUACACAGCGACUAUUGCACACGAGUGCUCGAGUCUCGGCUAAAGGAAUUAAUCUUGGGGGUGGUUUAGAGGACCAUUUUAAAGGAAAUAAAGAAAUUGAGGGUCAGGUUCCUGACUUGGGAGGACAUGCUGUUGGAAUGGAACGAUAUGAAAUUUUGUGUGAAAUGGAAGGCAAGGAUCCAUGGGAUAUGAAGCCAAGCACCAAACAGAAAGGUUUUGGAACAAGGGACAACCCCCAUAUAGUAAAUUCAGUUUAUGACAGGCGUCUUGUAGGAUGUAUAUGUGAUGAAGAUACUGGACAAAUUCAGUACUUCUGGCUAUACAAGGGAGAGCCCAAGCGGUGUUACUGUGGUCACUUCUUUAAAAUUAAAGAAAUUGGAUCCUCCGAUUUCCCACAAUACCCCAGGGAUGAAUUGAUUGCCAUGGAGCAGGAUUAGUGCUAUUUAGUCACUUAAAUGCAUACAUGAACUUUACAGGAAUAAAGUGUUUGAAUAUGUUGUUUUUGUUUGAAAGGAAAGAGAUGUCUAUUGGAAAGGUGACUUGAGUCCACGACAUUGUAUUAAAUAAAGAAAACUUAAU